AUGGACAACGCCACAGACCAUAACCACAGCCUACAAGUUGAUGUAAUCCUACGAUCAGCAGACGGUCAUGACUUCAGAUUCUAUAAAUACUUGCUAUCGCUCGCAUCCCCCGUAUUCGACACCAUGUUCGCAUUGCCUCAACCGUCUCUGUCGUCGUCGUCGCCUGAUUCGAAAGAUGGCUUGCCGGUGGUGGAAUUAGCAGAAACGAAGCCAGCUUUGCAGAGGCUGCUUGGGAUGUACCUUCCUGACUAUCUGGAGAAAGACGGGAAGAUAGCCAGUGUAGAUGAAUGGAAAGAGGUUUUCAGUGCAGCCAACAAGUACGAGAUGAAGGCUGUGGUGAAAUGCCUCUCGUGGAACUUGGAGUCUCUCGCUGAAGCGGAGCCCAUGCGGGUCUUCGCCCUCGCCACCCAACAUGGACUGAACGAGGCCGCUCAAAAAGCGGCCUUCAAUACCCUCAAAGUGCCAUUCGGGGGGUGGGGCGCAUUCCCAGAGUUGGAAUGUGUGACAGGAGGCGACCUACAGAGAUUAUUCCAAUACCACACUGCAUGUGGAAGGCUUGCCAGCUCUACCCUGAAAGAUUGGUUCUUCAAAGUCGAUAAGGCGUACUGUUGGUAUAACUGCAGCAGUGGGAAAAUAUGGAACGGGUCGCAAUAUGUCAGCAAUUGGUGGCAGACAUUCACAGAAGGCCUUGCUGUUGUCCUUGAGAAAAAGCCUCUGGGGGCGACAGUGGAGGAAGGUGAAUUAGCCUCCAAAGCACUAGUUGCAGCGAGCCUCUGCCCCAAUUGCCGGACGAUAGCUCCCGCAGAUAUGGAGAGAUUCAGACGUGCAUUUGCGGCCAGACUUGAUGAAGAAAUGUCAAGAUUGUUCUGGAGAGUCGAUCCUGAGGUUUCCGGGUCUUGACGAGAUGCCAAUGCUUCAGAUCAGCGAAUGGCAAACUGAGAGAGAAAGGCUGGGGU